CAUCAUAUCGUAAGGUUUGACCCAUAUCAACAAGAUACCCUGAGAGCCUGAUAAGUAUUAUCUUGGUGGAUGUCUUCAUAGCCGAGAACACGACGUCUUUCAAACACAAGACAACUUUCCCUCGCUCUUAUUGCUUCCUCUCGCACGAAAGGCCAUGUGGGCACCGCGUCGAUUCUCUAUGAACACUGCAGAGAAUUCACAGAGGAUUGAGCUUUUAAGACGAAAAACACAAAUCAAUCGAUAAAUUGAUGGGAUUGCCGUCCCCGGACCCUCACGUCCCAUAUCUCACGGCACCACUAUAAGCUUAAUAUCCUAAGCUCCGGUCGUCUGGCCUUCACUAAGACAUACUAGUCGUUGAUCCUCCGGGAGAGAAACAUCCCGAACGCCUCUAGUUACAUGCGUAGGUCAAGUUCCUUUGACAUUUACUUUCCUUACUUUUGGUAAUAUACCUUUAUUUCUACUUUACUUUCUCCUAUUUUUCUAUACCUGCGUGAUAGCAUCACAAGGUUCUCUUUAUUUUCGAGAGAAACCCAUUGUUUACAACACGAAGGAGACACUGUGAGACACGACGGGUAGGAUUUGAGACGAACACGACGAUCGAAAUUUUACACGAACGAACGAAUCCUUGUCUCGAUAUGGCUUGAUCGUUUCGAAGAUCGGAUGAAUAAUUGAAUAGUCUUGACACAAGAUACACAAGUACCUAGAGACUUGGGACGAAUUUUGUGCCUGCGGAAAAUCCGGAGAACCUUCGAAACAAACCAUCAAAGCCGCGACAUUGAAUCAGACGCAGGAAACUCAUUGCGCAUUAUCUAUCAUCGUCACAACUAGAAAUCCUCUACAGAAUGCUCUGUACAAACAGACCCGAGGGCUUCGGCCCAGCCUCCCACCUCAAUUCCUCAACCCUCCCCACAACUUGUUUCACAGACGUUAUCCUCAUUCCCCUUCCAACUUGGCUCGCUCUCGCCUUCGUACCUAUCCUCUUUGCUCUAGGGCUACACCACCGCAAAAUCAACUAUAACCCCUCCACCGCACACUUGCGCUCCAAUACCCGCUCCUCAUGUCUCUACCUCAUCUUCCUUAUCAUUUACUACUUCCUCAUUUUUGCAAACAUCGCCUUGCUUACUCUCGAAAUCGUGCGGUUGACUAACCUUCACUAUGGCAUUGGUUUAUUGCCAUUCGCCUAUGCCGGAAUCCUUCUCUCAGCUGCUUUGUUUUGGAGUGAAGGAAUACAACGACGUGUGAGGUGGUGGCAGGGAAUAAAUAUGUUGAUUUGGAUAGGAGGAAUCGUCAUGAGUGCUGUGCAGGUCAUUGGAUUGAAACAACAAUAUGGCUACGAUGGGAGAAAGGAGAGCAAAUAUCCAGUUAGCGACCAGAUUCUUGACGUAGCUGUCAUGGCGGGUGUAUAUGCCGUUAUUGCGCUACUGGAGGUGGUGCUGGUAGUAUGGAGGAGGAAGAGAAGAACAUCGGCCUUGAGGUCGGAGAGAGGAGAAAUGGGUGCGUUUGAAUAUGGGAGAGGUGUGAGUGAGAGCUCUGGCAUGAAGGAGUGAAUUAUUGUUUCAGACCUAGAGACAUCUUUAAGGUGAUCUUAUACUUGUACUUCCUGCAAUUGGUUUGAUUGGUUUGGCGUGUUGGAAUGAAUACAUUGGGACUAUUCUAUUGGAAUAUGGUCAUGGUAUACCCUGGGUACUUUACUUUUCACAAACUGUUGGGAAAAAUGUAAAUACGCCUCGUAUCUAUUUACUACCACUAAGCUUAUUGUAUGUGUGCAUUGCCUCUCGAUCAAUUAGUGAUGAAUCUUCAUCCAUUGACUUGCAGAACAGCAAUUGCCACAUGAUUCUACUGCCAGAACGGAAUGCAAGACCUUGCUACGUCCUACACAGACGCACUAAAAUAUGCCAUACUUUCGCACACAUGGGGCGGCGACGAGAUCACUUUCCAGUAUUUGGUAAGUGGUCCGGGGUCGAGAUCGAAUGGUUUGGAAAUAAUCGUGUGCCCAGACAAACGCAGCCAGCCAAUUUCUCACGAUAUCUCCAGCUAACCCUUGUAUUCCUAGCAGCUAGGUGCUGAUCAAUUCCAGAUCUUGCAUUUGAAGCCUGGAGUACAGUAGUAGGAGGCACCGUUGUUGGCGAGGUCUCUAAAGCAUAGCGCACGUUCAAAUCUAUUUGAGGAAAGUCUGUUUGAGAUCCGGUGGUAU